AUGGAGAACUUCCAGUACAGCGUCCAGCUGAGUGACCAGGACUGGGCUGAGUUCUCAGCCACUGCCGAUGAAUGUGGCCUUCUGCAGGCCAGCCUGGCCUCUGGAGACGAGCUCUUGUCCAGUGACAUUGACCAAGGGGACAGCAGUGGCAGCAGUCCCCCGGGGCCCCUGCCCCUCCUCUCUGGGCAGUUGGCUCCAGCGGGGAGCUGUUGGCAGGGCUGUGAGGAGGAAGACGACGUGGCAAGUCGGUGGCUGGUCAGCAGGUCUCUGUGCGAGCCUGCCCUGGCUCCAGGGCCCAGUCAGCAGACACUCGGCACGUCCGCACGGUCAAGAGCUUGGCCGCCCCUCGGCUCCGGCGCCACUGCUCCCGGACAGUGCUCAUCCCUGCCGGGGCCAGCGUCAGGACACGAGAUGCAGAGACUUUUGCAGGGCCCGGUCCCUGGCCCCCCUGGCGAGCCCCCAAGGAAUCCAGAAUCGGCUGGAUGCAGCACUACCCUGCAGAGACCCCCAGACAGCCCUGGACCCCCACCCCGGAGCCCUGGCCGAAAGAAGAGGCGCACCAUGGGUGCCAAGGGGGGUGGGCGCAUGGGAACCCUGGGCCCAGGUGCUGCCCAGCUGAGUUCCCUGCCGCUCACUGAAGCCAGCCUGGACGAAGGUCUUGGCCUGGCUGGGCCCAAGGGGAAGGGGCUCAGGGCGGGGACAGCAGCGUUGACAGCAGGAGCCGGGCAGGACCGGCUGCAGACAGACUCCAGAGGAGUUCCUGAGCUAAGCACGCGGCGAGAGCCGGACUCGAUGCUGCCGGCACCAGACUGUGUGCUGGAGGGCCCUGCAGGCCCAUUGAGGGCCCCCGUCAGGACUGAGCUGUGUCCAUCGUCCACACCUGUCAAAGAGGUCCACGCAGACAUUGCAAUGUCGAAGCCAGAUGUCACUCUGUCUACACCCGCCUCUGAGCCUCAACUCAACAUGGCUGGGUCUACACCCACCUCUGAGCCUCAACUCGACAUGGCUGGGUCUACACCUGCAUCCAAGACUCAACCCAACAUGGCUGGGUCUACACCUGCAUCCAAGACUCAACCUGAUGUGGCUGGGUCUACACCCGCCUCUGAGCCUCAACCUGACGUGGCUGGGUCUACACCCGCAUCCAAGACUCAACUUAACAUGGCUGGGUCUACACCCACCUCUGAGCCUCAACUCGACACUGACAUGGCUGGGUCUACACCCGCAUCCGAGUCUAAACUGGAUAUGGACCUGCCUACAGCUCGCCUUGUGGUCAAGCCAGAGGAUUUACCUACACCUGCCUUGGUGGCAGCGUCGCCAACUGCUCCACCUCACUCUGUUUCCGAGGUGGAGUCGUACAUGGGUGUUUCUGCAGAUGCUCCCAGGGCAAACGCUGCAGCACCAUCCCCAGCCCCCGCUCCCCAGGCCGGGCAGCAGAUGGGGGGUGCUGUCAGGGAGCAGGUCACAGGGGCGCCCUCGGCAGAGGCUCCUGGACAGCACUCGGGGGGGCCCUCCCUGGGGUCUGCUCCAGGCCCCAGGAGGAAGAAGGUGCGGUUCUCUGUGGCCACACCCAGCCCUGAGGAGCCAGGGUCCAGAGGGGUCUUGAGCCUACGCUCGCCAGUCGCCAGGACCGCGGCUGAGGGCCGCCGGGGGCCAGGGACCUGGGACGCUGCGGCCGUUGGGACCCACCCCCCCCAGCCUCGGAUCCUCAAGCACCUGCCGCCCCCUGCCCCCUCCUCCCCGGGAGGCUCGGGGCCUGGGAUGGGUUUUGCGGUGACUCUCCCGGAAGCCUACGAGUUCUUCUUCUGUGACACCAUCGAGGAGGGGGAUGAAGGUGCGGAGGAGGAGGCAGUGGACAGCCAGGCUCUGGCCCAGGCCCAGUGGCCAGACAUGUGUGAGUUCUUCUUCCGGGACUGCGGCAGCCAGAGGCCAAAAUCCCUGCAGGGCUCCCCGGCAGCCCCGGCCCCGAAGGCCGAGCCUGUGCCAGCCCCGCCCCCUGGAAGCCCUGUGCCAAUGUCCAUCCCCGAGGCCUAUGAACACUUCUUUGGAGAGGACAGAUGUGGGGAUAUGCUGGGGCCGUCUACUCUGCUUCAGCCACACACUUUGGAGCCCCCCAGGUUGGCCCCCUGGGAACUGAGGCCUGGGCCCCCUCCAAAGCCCAGCCCUGGAGCAGCGGAGCAGCUCAGCCUGGUGGUCCGGCAGGCAGGGGAGCUCCGGGGUCCCCUGACCUCAUUCACCUUCAGCCAAAAAGACAUGUGCCUAGUGUUUGUGGCCUUUGCCACGUGGGCUGUGAGGACCUCAGAUCUACAAACCCCAGACGCCUGGAAAACAGUCCUGCUGGCCAACAUCGGCACCAUCUCCGCCAUCCGCUACUUCCGUCGGCAGGUGGGGCAGGGGCGUUCUAGCCGCAGCCCCAGCCCUGGCCACAGCCCCAGCUCCAGCCGCAGCCCCAGCCCUGGCCACAGCCCCAGCUCCUAGGAGCCAGCCCUAUCCCAGGAAGACGGGGACAAGACGACCACAGGUGCCCGGACAAGGUGCUGUCCUCGUCCUUGCCCUCUGACCCCAGGAGGGGCCAGUGGCCUUAAGGGUGCAGCCAGGGGUCAAGGCCAUGGCUGCUCCUCACACCUGGAAGGGAGGCAGCUUGGAAGUUGGGUGCUGAGGGGUGGAACGGGGGGGCAGAUGAGCAAGCAGGAACUCGGGUGUCCGGUUAAACCUGAGUUCCAGACACGCCAUGUUGGGGAAAUCCCUGUAGUUACUGAUCUGAAAGAAACUUCAGCUGGGCACCCUGCAGUGGGCAGCAGAGGUGGCAGAGCAGCAAGGCCCCCGGGUCCUGGCAGGGGCAGGGCUGGGAGGCCCGUGUCUUUGAAGCUGCUAUGGGUGCGUUCCAGGGACUCUGCCUGCACACACUGGGCUGGGCUGGCCGGGGCCUCUGAGGCCUCUCCCAUCCCAGAACCCCCAGGGACCUUGGGCUGCAGCCAGAGAGAGCGAGCAGAAAAGAUGGUAUUGGAUGGGGGAAGGAUCCCUGGGACGGCCUCAGGGGACCCUCGGGGCAGCUUGCUGGGGCUGAGGGUCUAGAUGAGUUGGAGACGGCUUGGGAAGGUGGGUGAGGGCCGUGGUGGUAGAGCAGGGGUUGAGUGGGGCCUGGCCCAGGGCGGUGAGGGACCCCUGGCUGCUGGAAGGGAACAGAGCACCAAUAAAUCUCUUUCUUCCUGG